UCCAAUGAAAAUUAUUAUUGCAAAUGUACUGAGAUAGUGACAAGUACAAGUACAUUUACAUUAACAUUUAAUAUCUGAACCUAAUGUAAGUGAAAAAAGUUUUGCAGGCUGGUGUUCUGAUGAUUGUGACUGAAUAGUAAAAGACAGAAGCAGAAUAACGAGGAGAGACAAGUCAGCUAGAGCAGAGAAAGCUGAGGUAAAGAGAGAGAACUCAGCAACCAGUGAAUUGUGAUACGAGGGCAGUGGUCGUCAGCAGCACAGGUUCAUUUUAAUUCAAUUUUCUAAGCAAAAAAAAUCAUUAAAUACUUUUUAUUUAAAAAAAUACAGCAGCUGAAAAUUAGAGAGCGACACUUGAGUACUGUGACGACAAGUUGAUGGAAUGACGCUGUUUAACCUGUCGGUGUAAUUUGAAGGUACUACUAAUAAGAAAUUUACUACUGACACAAUGGCCAUGUCACAAACACCGGGUAUUGAUCCAUGGGUGAUUCAACCUCGCGAGAGAUUACACUUUAAAGAUCAAUUCGAUGCUCUUAAGCCAAAUAAUGGAGUUGUUACUGGAGAACAAGCUAAAGGAUUCCUGCUACGAUCACAAUUACCACCAUCAAUACUCGGACAGAUAUGGGCACUGUCCGACACCGAUGGAGAUGGAAAAAUGGACAUCAAUGAGUUCAGCAUUGCCUGUAAAUUGAUUCACUUGAAACUGCGAGGUCUAGAAGUUCCUCCCAGUUUGCCACCGUCGCUCGUUCAAAGCUUAAAAGUUCCUUUCCCAGGUACAGUUCCCAAUGUAGCAAACGGUGGAGUACCAGCUCAACCUCAGAUACAGACAGGGUCACUCGUAAAUCUUGGAGGUGCAGUACCACAACCUUUGGCUGCAGUGCCACAACCACUAGCAGCAGUACCACGUCCUGUGGUGCCAGGAAUACCAGCAGCAGUCCCACGUCCUUUAGUACCAGGUGCACCAGCGGCAGCAAUGCCUCUUGUUAAUCCAGCAGUGAGACCUAUCGUUCCAGUUCAAAUGCCCGCUGCCUCACGUCAAUUUAGGGAUAAUAAGGGUACUAGUGGUGUGGUGCUCGGCACAAUUAAUAAAACAUCGUCAAAACCACCUGCUCGGCCUGCACCACCCUUCAUGGGAAAUGCAAAUACUGUCACAACAACUACCAACGUUGGAGCACCGCCUCAAAGACCUGCACCUCCUGGUAGUAUUGGCAGUGGAUUCGCUGCAACAACUGGUAUAGCACCGCCGCCAAAACCCGGACCGCCUUCAUUUCCAAAUAGUCCAGUAGCCGCGUCAAUAACUGCCGGUUCAAUGCAACCACUUCCAGUAGCUUCCACAAUGGGCUUAGCGCAAGCAGCUCCGAUAGUACCACUUAACACUAAUCCUACUCCUAUAGCAGCUUUUGGAAUGGGACAAACUGUCGCACCAUUAAUUCAACCGAUUUCAGCAACCGGAGCUGUUUCAUCUGUACCAGGAGUUAUGCCUACAGCUGGCGUUGUGCCUUCAAUGCCAGGAGUUAUUUCAUCUGCUGGAAUUGUUCCAUCAGUUCCAGGUGCUAUUCCAUCAGUACCAGGUGCUAUUCCAUCAGUACCAGGUACUAUUCCAUCAAUACCGGGUGCUAUUCCAUCGGUACCAGGAGUUAUUCCACAAGCUCCAUUUUAUAAUACAAUGGGAGGUAUACAAACGGUACCAGCCACUGGAAUGAUUCCAUCUGUACCUGGAACUAUUCCAUCAAUACCUGGAGUUAUGCCAAAUAUACCUCAGGUUCCAACAAAUGGAGUAAUUCCUUCUGUUCAACCAUUGAGUCAAGCAAACGUUGCAAUGAAUGGUAAUGCUGGUAUACUUCAGACUCCAGUGUCAACUAAUACUCCACUCAGUACAACAGCACGACCACCAAGUAUGGAUCGAGUUGGGUCUAUUGAUUCUCAACACAGUCAGCACAGCCAACACAGUCAGCAUAGUCAGAAUUCUGUUACUUCACCACCAGACUGGGCUGUUCCUCAACAGUCUAGACUUAAAUACACACAAUUGUUCAAUACUUGGGACAGAACGAGAACUGGUUACUUGUCAGGACCACAAGCAAGAAAUAUCAUGGUCCAAUCUCAACUACAUCAGAAAAUUCUCGCCCAAAUUUGGACUCUUGCUGACAUGGACUCAGAUGGUAGACUAGGAUGCGAAGAAUUUGUGCUGGCGAUGCAUCUUUGUGACAUGGCCAAAGCUGGAGAAAAUAUACCAGCAAGUCUACCACCGGAUUUGAUACCUCCGACUUUCCGUCGUCAACGUCAGAGCAGUGUUUCAUCCCAGGGUCUUCCUGAAACUGUCGAUCCCUCGGCAGGUAUGCCGCAGUCUUCCUUCGAGGACAAGAGAAAAGAAAACUUUGAGAAAGGUCAAGCUGAAUUAGAACGUCGUCGUAAAACUUUGCAGGACUCACAGCGUAAAGAGCAGGAGGAACGAGAGCGUAAAGAACGUGAGGAAGCUGAAAAACUGGAGAAGAUCAGGCUCGAACAGGAGAGACGUCGACAAGCUGAAAUUGAAAAACAAAUGAUGCGACAGCGUGAAAUUGAACAGGAGAAAGAGGAGCAGCGAUUGAGAGCACAGGAACAAAGAGAAGCUGCAAGAAAAGAGAUGGAGAGACAAAGACAACUCGAGUGGGAAACUCAGAAGUCUCAAGAGCUUCAAGCACAGCGACAAAAAGAAAAAGAUAUUUUACUAAAACUAAAAGCUAAGAACCAGACAUUGACCAUUGAACUGACAUCACUUAAUGAACGUGUCAAAGAACUUUCACAAAAAAUUUGUGACACUCGUAAUGGUGUAUCAGGUGUAAAAACAACCAUCGACGGCAUGCGUUCAACCCGCGAUAGUCAGCUCCAAGAAAUGAAUGAGUUGAAGAAAAAAUUACGGGAGCAGAAUCAGCGAUUGCUCGCAUUGAGUCAAGAGAAAGCUAAAAUAGACGCUAAAAAUAAAAUAAAUUCUUCUCAUGAUGCUGCUGGACAAGAAGCCAUGAAGAUGGCAUUCGCUAAUAAACAAAUAACACUUAAACAAUUGAGAGAUAAAAUAUCUGAUUUGCAGCAGCAGAUAAAUGAGAAAAUGUCAGACAUUGAAAAUAAUAACGGACAAUUGGAGGAUGUGAGAAAUCGUAUGAAGACUCUUAUUAAUGAUUGCAAAAAUCUCUACUCAACAUUUGACAAUAAACGUACUAAAAUAUUGGAACUGCGUGAACAAGUCGUAAGUUCCGGUGGGAUUGAUUAUACAAGCGCCGCGUGGGCUGAAAGUGCUUGGGGAUCGACUGAUGAGCAAAAUCCCGCUGUCAAUGAAGAUGAAUGGCCGGUUGACAAUGCGCCCGCUACUACUGCUGUUGCCGAUGAACCAGGAGGUGUCAGAAAAUAUCGCGCGCUGUAUGAAUUCGUAGCCAGAAACGAGGAAGAGAUAUCCUUCCAACCAGGUGACAUUAUUUUAGUACCACCAGUCCAGAAUCAAGAACCCGGAUGGAUGGCUGGAGAGAUACGUGGACACACGGGCUGGUUCCCCGAGUCUUAUGUUGAGCCAGUGGACUCUGACAUCGGAUUCGAUGACAACAGAGCGUUCGUCCAGCAGGACAGUGUAGAAAAAAGGCCGCUUGAAGAAAUCGCCGAGGUACCAGAGAAUGUUUCUGACGCGGGAUCUCUAGGUGAAGCCCCUGCUGCACGAGUUGAUGCUACUUCAGCAGUUACCGCUACUCCUACUGCUACUACAAAUUUAGCCGACACCAGUGAUGAUUACUAUGUUGCUCUCUAUCCCUACUCAUCAGCAGAACCAGAUGAUUUGAAUUUCGUUGAUGGCGAAAUUAUUUCGGUGACUAAAAAAGACGGCGACUGGUGGACUGGAACUAUUGGUAACAGAAGUGGAUUCUUCCCGUCUAAUUACGUUGAAAAAUGUCAACCAAAUAUUAAUCAGGUUCCUGUAGAAACUGUUGCGUCAACUGUGGCAGCUGCUGUUGCUGAUGCUGCUCCAUCGCAAGGAACACCCUCAGCGGAAAAAACCGCAGAACAGAUUGAAGAUGAACGACAAGCUGCUGAAGACCGUGCUGAAUUACCCGAUUUUACAGCAAUGGCAUCUCAGCAGACUCGAGGAAAGAAACCGGAGAUUGUCCAAGUAAUUGCACCCUACCAAGCAACGAGUGCUGAACAACUCGAUUUGCAGAGAGGACAGCUCAUUAUGAUCAGGAAGAAGACUGAUUCUGGGUGGUGGGAAGGAGAGCUACAGGCUCGAGGUAAAAAACGUCAGAUUGGAUGGUUUCCUGCGUCGUAUGUAAAACCAUUAACAAGUAGCAGUAAUAGAAGUACUCCAGUGUCUCAUGGUUAUCAAGAUUCUCCAACGGAUCCUAAUGUCGAACGUGUGAUGGCACUGUAUCCACAUCAAGCUCAGAACGAUGACGAGCUGAGUUUUGAAAAAGGAGAUGUGAUAAUUGUUUUAUCAAAACAAGAAGAAUCUUGGUGGAAAGGUGAACUUAACGGAGUAUGCGGCAUAUUUCCUAGCAACUACGUGACACCCAUGUAUGAUGAUAACUCGAGACUGGACAAUUAUUCGAUUUCGAUGCUGGAUCCGAUGGAGAGAAAGCGACAGGAGUAUAUUAAGGAACUUAUUGCUACUGAGGAGGCCUACAUCAAUGAUAUGAUUCUCGUCCAUGAGGUGUUUGAGAAACCACUCAUUCAAAGUCUAGUUCUCACUGUCGAUGAAGUCGAAAGAAUUUUCGUUAACUGGAGAGAUAUCAUUGCUUGUAAUGACAAUUUUCUCAGAACUUUGAGAAUAAGAAGAGAUAACAGUGAAGAUGGUGUUGUAAGACUGAUUGGUGAUAUUCUAUGUGAAAACAUACCGCGCAUGUCUGCGUAUGUCAGAUUCUGCAGCUGUCAGAUUUCAGCUGCUGUGUACUUACAAAGUUUGACUGAAACGUUGCCAGAAUUUGUGGCUGUUGCACAAUCAUGCCAACAAGAUCCUCGUACCAAAGGAAUGCCUCUCAGUUCAUUUCUUAUAAAACCCAUGCAGCGAAUUACCAAAUACCCUCUCAUUAUUAGUAAGAUAUUAGAGUACACGCCGACUGAGCAUCCAGACAGACAAUAUCUACAAGAAGCCUUGGCAAAAGCUGAGGAAUUCUGUAUACAAGUGAAUGAAGGUGUCAGAGAAAAAGAGAACAGUGAUAGACUGGAAUGGUUACAGACUCAUGUGGCGUAUAAUGAAGAUGUUUUGCAGGAAAAACUUGUAUUCAAUUCUCUGACAAACUCCGCUGGCCCAAGAAAGUUAUUACACUAUGGAAUUCUUCACAAGGCUAAAAGUGGCAAAGAACUCGUUGCAUUUCUCACCAAUGAUUUUUUACUAUUUGCUCAGCCAUUGAAAACUCUGCCUUCUGGACAACAAUUUUCAUUUGAGCGAAACGAAAAUAAUAAAUUCAAAUUAUACAGAAAGCCGAUAUUUUUAAAUGAGUUGUCAAUGAUCGGUGACGGUGAACCAAAUGGCAACAUAAUUCCUACGUCAGACGCUUCUAGGACUCUCGGCUUACGAGAUUCCACAAAGAGGCCCAUUAUUUUGCUGGCGCCAUCGACGAGCGAGUGUUCGCUGUGGGCUAGAAAAAUACGCGAGGCGAGAAAACAGUUUGCCAAGAACGAGAAAAAUCUUUUGCAACGUCAACGCUCCAGACAAGCGCAAAUUAGCUCUUGUGGUCGUAUCCUCGUUACAGUACUCCAAGGAAGCAGUUUGAAAGCACCAGCUGUUCGCAGGAGACCUCCAGAAGGACGCCUGUCUCUAGUAGUUGUAGAAGCUGAAGAUUUAAUCUUUGCUAAAAAAGGUAAGUGCAAUGCAUUCUGUAAUGUCUCGAUGGGAUCGCAAGAAGAAAGAACUCCCGUUGUCCUCGGUACUAAUUGUCCAUUGUGGGAUACCUCGAUGCAAUUUUUAGUCAAAGAUCUUCAUGAGGAUACUCUCUGCAUAACAGUCUUUGACAAAGGCUAUUAUACUCCAGACGAUUUUCUCGGCCGAGCGGAAGUAAGAGUUUCAGAUAUAAUGAAGGACUGCAAGGACUCAUGUGGGCCCAUUCAAAAAAGAAUAAAACUACAUGAAGUUGACUCGGGUGAAGUAGUAUUGAAACUUGAUCUCCGAUUAUUUGCUAGUUGAAAUAAUUGACUAUAAUUAUCCACUUUAAAUAUUUAAUAACUAUUAGACAAAGUGCUUAGUACACAAUUUUAUAAAAUACUCUUGGGGAAAGUGCAUUUAUCAAGUAGAGAAAGGAUUUAAUAUUUUAAUUAAUCACGUUUAUUAUAUACUUAUUUAUUUUUUUAACAAGUCAUAGUUCAGUAUUAACUUUUCUUGAAACUAUGCGACACGAAAUUAUAAUUACAUU